CAAUCGCAGAGACCGGCCGCAUGGUCCCGCGUCUCUCCAAAAAACAAUAAUAAUCCCUAAAAAAAUUGAAAACAAGCCUCCAGGAACAGACCACUGCCAUCACGACAGCCCCCAACGAUCCCCGAUCACCCCGACAUCCCCUUGACCCCGAUAAUUUCCACUUUAUCACGAUAAUUCAUCUGCCUGACCCCAUCGGACGCUCAACAGGCCCUCAAACAGCUCAACACAACAGCAAUUCCAAAUUCCUGACCCCUUGAUCCCUCAAUAAAGCGUAAACAAUGUCGGGGAUGAGUGGAACGAAGGUUCUUUGCAGUAAUAUUGGGCCUUCGCACGUCUCCUCGAACGGUUAUUACGGUUAUGUACCACCGAUCGGUGAAUUUCCGAUGUGUCCGACUGAUUCACGAGGUGAAAAUGCAAGUGUUUGUGUUCAGAAUUAUCACAAAUCUGACGACUUGGGGCUGACGACGAUUGGAGGAGUGGAGAGAGCGGUGCACAGCUAUCAGGAGAAUUAUUACAGUACCAUGAGCAUGGAAAUGGAGACUGAGGAGCAUUGUAGUGGUAUGGGCAUGUGCUGCCAAAAUAACCAUUACGUGAUUCCAGAGAUGGCGAGUGGCGGGAAGGCGGUGCUGGGUGGUGGAGUUGAGGGGAUGAGUUUUCAUGGCAGUCGCAAACGAAACUGCGAGGAUGGGGGAGAGCCUGGAGGACGGGAGCUGCUCAUGAAGAGGUUCAAAGGAGGCGGUGGUAACAGCCGCGUUGACCAUGGUCCCAGAAAUCCCCGAGAGCCUAGAUCACCACAGAUGCACAAUGACACGUCACCACUAUAUAUAACGCCCCAUCCACUGACUCUGACAUGUCACUCAAUGCUGACGAACGAUCGCUGCACACAGGCAGCAGGUAAACCUCAUAAUAGUCAUUUCGUUAAUAAUGAAAUUAUUGAUUGUGAGAGAGUGAGCGACAGAUGCACCAGUGCACAUGGCAACGAGUAUGAGACAAUGCUCAUGGAGACACACGGUUGCUCGGUCUACCAUCAUCAACGUCAGCUGCAAUUUGAUAAUGGUACUAUUGAGACUGAAUUCUGAUAGUCUCGUUCAUUAGCAUAAGUCCCUUUUUCACUACUACCUGUGUGCUGCAAGGCAUUUAUUGUUAAAUAACUUAACAUUGUACUUUAAAUAAAUAUAUACUUUUCUAUGAAA